GCAGGCCUCAGGCUGCCUACCUCCCUUCCUGGCCUGUGCAUAUCCUGCCUGUUUCCCACUCUGCCUGCCACCUGGGCUGCCUGCCCUGGGCCUCAGUCUGUGUCCUCCAUCACCCGGGCUGGCCAGGGCCUGAACUGGACAUUGUGAGCCACCCUCCCAUCGCUGGGCAGGGCUCCUUCCUCAUUUCGCUGCUGAUUCUAGCCCCAAACAAAACAGGUUGAGCCUUUUUCCCUCCCUCCAGCAGUUGUCUCUGGCUUGUGGCUGCCUUCUGAGCUUGCAGACGGCGCCGGCUGGAAACGGGAGGGAGCGCCUGGGCCAGUCGUGCUAGGACUGGGACAGGCUCCUGGCUCCUGGCUCCUGGCUCCUGGCUCCUGGCUCCUGGCUCCUGGCUCCUGGCCCACAUUCAAGCCCUGCUUGAGGCAGGAGUGCUAGCGUUUGACACGACAGACUUCUGAGGAUGAUGGCUCAGCUGCAGUUCCAAGAUGCCUUCUGGUGCAGGGACUUCACGGCCCACACGGGGUAUGAGGUUCUGCUGCAGCGGCUGCUGGAUGGCAGGAAGAUGUGCAAGGAUGUGGAGGAGCUGCUCAGGCAGAGGGCACAGGCAGAAGAGAGGUACGGGAAGGAGCUGCUGCAGAUUGCACGCAAGGCUGGUGGCCAGACAGAGAUCAAUUCCCUGAGGACCUCCUUUGACUCCCUGAAGCAGCAGACGGAGAAUGUGGGCAGUGCACACAUCCAACUGGCCUUGGCCCUUCGUGAGGAGCUGCGCAGCCUGGAGGAGUUCCGUGAGAGACAGAAAGAGCAGCGGAAGAAGUAUGAGGCCGUCAUGGACCGUGUCCAGAAGAGUAAGCUGUCAUUCUACAAGAAGACCAUGGAGUCAAAGAAGGCGUAUGACCAGAAGUGCCGGGAUGCAGAUGAUGCUGAGCAGGCCUUUGAGCGCGUGAGUGCCAAUGGCCAUCAGAAGCAAGUAGAAAAGAGCCAGAAUAAAGCCAAGCAGUGCAAGGAGUCCGCCAUAGAGGCAGAGCGACUGUACAGGCAAAAUAUUGAGCAGCUGGAGAGAGCGAGGACUGAAUGGGAGCAGGAACACCGGACCACCUGUGAGGCCUUCCAGCUGCAGGAGUUUGACAGGCUGACCAUCCUCCGUAAUGCCCUGUGGGUACACUGCAACCAGCUCUCCAUGCAAUGUGUCAAAGAUGAUGAGCUCUAUGAAGAAGUACGGCUGACACUUGAAGGCUGUAAUGUGGACAGCGACAUCAAUGGCUUCAUCCAGUCCAAGAGCACUGGCAGAGAGCCCCCAGCUCCGGUGCCAUAUCAGAACUACUAUGACCGGGAGGUCACCCCACUAAUUGGUAGCCCUAGUGUCCAGCCAUCCUGUGGUGUGAUAAAGAGGUUCUCUGGGCUACUGCACGGAAGUCCCAAGACCACGUCUUCUCAACCACCUGCUGCUUCCACAGACACUCUGGCUCCCACUCCUGAGCGGAAAGAGUUGGUCUAUGCAGCCAUCGCUGUGCAGGCAACACAGGGGAACCAUGAGGCAUCGGCCCAGGACUACCGGGCGCUCUAUGACUACACAGCACAGAAUUCCGAUGAGCUGGACAUUUCUGCAGGAGACAUUCUGGUGGUCAUCUCAGAAGGAGAGGAUGGCUGGUGGACAGUGGAACGGAAUGGACAGCGUGGCUUUGUCCCUGGAUCCUACUUGGAGAAGCUCUGAGGAAAGACUAGUACCCAUACUUCUUCCCUCAUGGUGAGAUUAAGACCGUUCUCACCACUGCCCAGGACUCAUGGGGAUGUGUGCUGGCUACUUCCAGUGACUUUCUUCCAGAAGAAAUAAAGGGGCAUGCUCUUCC